GCAGUCACUAGAGUGCUGACGUCAGCUAGAGGCAGGGCACUGCGGAAGGUUGAAUCCACGCCCUGGCUGCGCGCAGGCGCUGUAGGGGGAAGGCCUGGCACGCUCCAGCCAACCAGGGCGUCACCUGCAGCCCGUCCCCCUUCCCAGGCUUGCCUCCAGCGCUCUGCCGCCGCCGGAGAGGGGAGGGUGUUGGGGGCAGGUGGAGCCGGGAGGGUCCAGCUGAGAAUUCGGGGUUAGGGGAUCAGAGAGCACUGCGGCUAGGAGCCCGUCAGAACCUGUCGCCCAGUGGGGCCAGGGCAGGUGGGAGCGCCUGGCCGUGCGUCGCGCGUUGGUUGGCCGGCUGACGCCCCGGUGCGCAUGCGCGGCCGAACAACCCUGCGGGCGGAGCGAGUGUCCUCUCUCCUGGUGUACUGGGUGGGAGGUGGAACUGGUCGGACAAAGCCCUCGCGUCGGACCCUUGCCAGAACUCAAUUAAUGGAUGCCUGGAAGUUGACGUACAUAUAUAUUCAGAAAUGUUUUGCCACCUGAGACCUAUGAGGAGGUUAUGUCUAGAGAAGAUAUUUCCACACUGGUUUCCCUAUUCAAGAGCUUUAUCAGGAGCUGAAGCAGUCAAUGCCUUGAGGCCUUUCUAUUUUGCAGUACAUCCAGAUUUCUUUGGACAGCACCCCGUAGAAAGGGAAAUCAAUGAAAAUUCUCUUAAAAGGUUAAGUGUCUACUUAGAAAACCUCCAGAAACCAGGCUUCAAGUCUUUGAAACCAACUCAGCUUACAUUUUAUGUAAGAGAAACAGACCAGAGUUCCUCUGAUGGCCAGGAACCUUUUAGUACUUCCGGAUUUCGAGCAGUCAAAUUUACUUUGCACACCAGAGAUCUGCUAAGCACAGUAUUAUAUAUUCUCAACUCCUGCAGUUUAUCUAUUGAACAUAUCCAAAGCUUGAAUACUAAUGUGCAUACCCAGCCUCUCAAAGAAGCUAAAAGGAUGCCUGACAGGCCCAUCAAAUGGGACAAGUCUUAUUACUCCUUUACUGGAUUCAAGGACCCUGAUGAAGACCUUGAACAAGUCUCGAGAAUGGAAACAACUCUCACAUCCUGGUUAGAUAACAAUGGGAAAAGUGCUGUUAAAAAGCUAAAGAACAGUUUGCCACUUAGAAAAGAACUAGAUCGUUUAAAAGAUGAACUGUCUCAUCAAUUGCAACUGUCAGAUAUCAGGUGGCAGAGGAGCUGGGGCGUCGCCCACCGCUGUAGCCAGCUGCAUAGUUUAAGCCGCUUAGCACAGCAGAAUUUGGAAACACUUAAAAAAGCAAAAGGGUGUACAAUCAUAUUUACAGACCGUUCUGGCAUGAGUGCAGUGGGCCAUGUGAUGCUAGGAACAAUGGAUGUCCAUCAUCACUGGACAAAACUUUUUGAAAGAUUGCCGAGUUAUUUUGACCUUCAGAGGAGGCUGAUGAUUUUAGAAGACCAAAUAAGCUAUCUUUUAGGUGGCAUACAAGUUGUUUAUAUUGAAGAAUUACAGCCAGUAUUGACACUUGAAGAAUAUUACUCUCUUCUUGAUGUGUUUUAUAAUAGACUGUUGAAAAGUAGGAUACCAUUUCACCCUCGAAGUUUGCGUGGUUUACAAAUGAUCCUUAACAGUGACAGAUAUGCUCCAAGCUUGCAUGAACUCGGGCAUUUUAAUAUUCCAACACUCUGUGAUCCAGCAAAUCUCCAGUGGUUUAUUCUCACCAAAGCUCAGCAGGCAAGAGAGAACAUGAAAAGAAAGGAAGAAAGUACAGAGGAACCUGGUGCUGACUGCAGUCAACCCCGAUGUGAUGACCUUUCUACCCGCCCUCUUUGAUGUCUUGGUGCUGGUUGCCGUCUUUGGCCAGGUAAGCUCAUGGUCUAGGCUCUUGGGGUCCCCUCACUGGGCCUGCCCACUGCCUGCAGAUAGGGGAGCCUAUGGGCCAGGACUGUCCUUGGCUUCCCCUUCCAGAUCGUGGGUUCAAACACACCAUUCCUGGGUUCCACCACCACCAAGCCUCAACGGUGUCCUGAUGGGCACAGGAGCUGCUGGGGCUUUCUAGGUUAAGACCCUUGCCUAUCCCUGUGUUCCCCCGCUGCAGUACGGGGGCUGCAGGGGUCAGCCUCAGUCUCUGCCCUGGGAGCCUGCCUUACCUUGCCCGGGCAUCCCCACACCUGCCCUGGAAGACCCCCCACACCCAGUGGCUCUGAUCCACUGUAGAGCAGCCAGGGCCCCCGUUGCUCACACCCUCUGGCCUGAGGCUGACUGGCAUUGUGGCUGGGUUUGGGGGUCAGGGUUGGGGGUGGGCCUUGCCCUCAACAGCCCCCACUCCCACUCUGACCCCUUUUCAAUCUUCCUCCUCUUGUGGGCUCUAUCCUUGGACCCUCCCAGCUCCUCACACCGGAUGACUUUCUAAAUAUCCAGAAAUCACUUUUUAAAAUACCAGCUUCAGGGCUAGGAGUGCCUAGAGCAGACCAAGAAGGCUAUGGCCAGGCGGGGGCCCUGCCUCCCAGACUUCUGAAAAGGCAGAAUCUGGGCCCAGAAGUUGCUGUGGGACCAGAGAGCUGGGGCUAGGAGCAUCUGCACGGGCUCCAUGAGGAGGGGAGGCAGGUUUCAGAUCAGGGCAUGCAGAGGCAGUGAGCCCAAGGGAGGAGGCAGGUGGACAGAUGGAGGGGGCCUACAGAGGGAAGGAGGUACUGACUGAGCUCUGGGAUGACCAUCUCUACCAAGAGGCCCUCUGCAUCCCCCAGGAUGUGCAGACCCUGGCGCACACAGUCCCACAUGAGAGCCUGGGCUGGCACCGCCCUGAAGAAGGUGGCACCCACUCUCGUGGUCAGUGGAUCCAGCCUGGUGGGAGGAUCAUCCCACUUCAGGGGGCUGGGCAGCCUGAGGGGACUAAGGGAGGUCAUCUCUUCCAGCCUCCUGCCCUCAACCCCAGAACCCAGGUCUGAGCCCUGGGCCACCCAGGGCCACCCUGAACCCACCAGAUUCCUCCACCACCACUUGGUCAAAGUUUUGUAGAGGUCUGAGGACAAGGGUCAGCUGGGGGAUCAGGAGAGGAUGAAGAGGGUCACAGCUCUAACAAAGUCUUGUCCAGUCAUCCCCCAUCUUUCCAAGGCCUCUUCCCUGACCUCCCUACUUCAUCCCGCCACUUCAACCAUCUCGUCAGCUGCCCCUGAAGUGCCCAGAAGUCAGGGCUGGUUUUGUCCUCCAAGGCCAUAGUGUAGUGCUGGCCCAGGAUCUGCAGCCAAACUUCAUACACCACCAGCUCCGCCUUCUCCCCUAGAGAGAUGGGGAUGGAGGUGGCAUCAGCCUGCACUCCCUCUCCUGGAAGCCGUGGGGUGGGACGCGCACCCAAACUCUAAUGCUCCAUCCAGGGGUCAGCUGCUGCUGGUCUAAAAAUGAGAUUUCUUGCUGCCUGUUUUUGUGUGACCCAUGAGCUAAGAAUGGCUUUUACAUGUUUAAAUGGUUGAAAACAUGGAAAGUAGAAUCUUAUCUUGUGACACAUGAGAAGUACAUGACAUGCAAACUUCCACAUCCAUAAAGAAAGGUUUCUGGGAACGUGGCCAUGCUCAUUUGCUGAAAUGUUGUCUAGGGCUGCUUUCUUGCUACAGGGGAGGGUUUGAGUAUGUGGUGAUGGAGACUCAGUGGCCUGCAGAGCCUUAAAGAGUUUCCAUCUGGCCCUUUACAGAAAACGCUUGCUAACCCCUACACUGAUCCAUCUAAUGGAAUAUGCUGCUCACUCCGAGAGUUGAUCCUAGUAGGAAAUGUUGCUGACAAUUUAACAGAUGCUGCUUUUAUGAUUUAUUUUGUCACUGCUGUGGUGGGAGACAUGUAAGAAAAUUCACCCCCUGGGAGGAGGUCAUGGUGGGGCUUGUGGCCAUCAAUGGUGAAGCCUCUUUAAGAGGAUGCGUGGGGAGCUCUACUGUCUGCUGAGGGUGUUGUGAUGGGCCCUCUGUGUUGAGGAAU